AUGGAUCUAAGGAAGGCUGCUGCUCUGUGUCUGGGGCUGUGGAGCGCCUGGCUCUGGGCUGGGCAGAGCCCCCAGGCUGCAGCAGUGCUCCCCUAUACUUCCCACAGACAAGCUGCAAGGAGGGCACUGCCAGCUAGCCAUGCACUGGGCACUUUACACAGGGAUGGCCUCAACCACUUCACCUCCAGAAAAGACUCCAGUGCAAAGGGUGCAGUGGUGCCCCAUGAGUACAUGCUGGCCCUGUACAAGAGAAUGGCCAGCUCUGGGCACAGAGGACUACCAGGCAAUGCCACCAGGGCAGGGGCCAACACUGUCACCAGCUUUGUGGACCAGCAGCAAGGCGAUGCUUCACCGCUGUCCUUAGUACAGAAGUACACGUUUGAUAUCAGCACUUUGUCUUCCUUGGAUGAAAUAAUAGGGGCCGAGUUAAGAAUUCUUCACAAAGCCCCAGAAAAUAUUAGUAGGAUUCUUCCUGAGUCUGGAAGUCUGGUGCACCUCUACCUUUACACAUGUGCCACAACUUGGGAAGAAGCCACACUUCUAGACUCUCGAUCUGCCAACUUGCUGGACACUUUCUCAAAGUGGGAGGUAUUUAACGUCUUGAAGGUCAUGGGAAACAAAAGAAAGGGUCCCAGUGAGUCUUUGUGCUUCAUUCUGAAGAUGGUCUCUGAUCUUACCUUAUCCUAUUUGCCACUGAUCCAACUUGGGUUUCAUCGACUAGGUCUAUCAGAUCCUGAAAAGGCCUUACUGGUGGUCUCUUCCUAUUCUAAGAGGAGAGAGAACCUUUUCAAGGAAAUCAGGGACAAAAUUAAAUCCAUGGAGAACCCCAAAAUGAUAGACCUGCCUGAUUACAGUCAAAGAUCCGUUAUCAAAAGAAGAAGAAAACGUCAAACUCUACCAAAUAGGACAAGUCAUAACAGUAAAGGGCAAGGCAAGAAAUCUAAGACGAGAUGUAGUAAGAAGCCCCUUCAUGUCAAUUUUAAGGAGUUGGGCUGGGACGACUGGAUCAUAGCCCCCUUGGAUUAUGAGGCUUAUCACUGUGAGGGGGUAUGUGAUUUCCCAUUGAGGUCACAUCUGGAACCUACUAACCAUGCCAUUAUUCAAACUUUAAUGAACUCCAUGGACCCUGAGUCCACUCCACCAAGCUGCUGCGUCCCUUCAAAACUCAGCCCAAUCAGUAUUUUAUAUAUAGACUCUGGUAAUAAUGUAGUCUACAAACAGUAUGAGGACAUGGUGGUAGAAAACUGUGGUUGCAGGUAGCACUUGCUGCUGCCUAAAAUAUAUGUAUGUGCCUUCUGUACUUUUUAACUCAAAACAAAAACACAAGCAAAAAAGGCAAGCCAAGGUAAACCUAGAAAUGUUUUGGUUUUCCUGUGUGUCAUUCAAUAAUUUCUUAAAUGUAUUUGGACAUACUGUAUAUUAAAGGGAAGGACAAAUCCCAGGUGCCUGGUGGCCAAGCCACCUAAAAAAAAAACAUGCUGGCUCUUAACUUUUUUUGGGUUGUCUAAAAAAAAGUUGUAAUAUCUGCGUAACUCAAAAAUCAGGAUGACUUGACUUGUAGUCUAACUGGUUGUCUUCUUCUUUCAAAAAGUUUUAAACAUGAUGUCCUCUUUGAAACCCUCAUUGGCCAGAGGAAGGUUACAAUUUUGUGAGCACAUUUUUGCUCGGAAAAGUAGUCGUCAACUUUUAGGGUUUUCACUAACAAUUGGAAUGUAUAGGCAGCAUUACAAUGUUUUUAUAGUCCUGGCUUUAUGAAGGCAAAGGGCAGCGUUGUAUACGGCAUACAGUAUAAAAGGAGUCAUUCAUGGUUUGGUAAACUUCAGCUACAACUACAGGUCCCUGGAUGCACUGCUUAAAAAGUAUUCUGGAAGUACUGUAGAACAUUGGACAAGAGGUUAGGACUUGUUCUACCAUAACUAUUACAGAGAGUGAUAGCCAAUGGAAUAGACUUUGGGCAACCUAAACAUAGCCUUGACUAUUCAGGAGGGUGACUACAUCUAUAUCUCCUGCUAAUGCUUCCACCACAUGGUGCCUUUUAUAAUAAGAUAGUUCUGAGAAAAAAAAAAUCAUGCCACAGCACUGAGGACUAGUCAUCAUGUUCAGUUCCCUGGGGCUCUGUCCCAGAAUUGGUGGUAGAGUAUAGGAAUAUGUGUCACCUAUAGUGUGAUGAGUAAGGCUGAUGGAUCACCUUGGAAGCAUAGAAAAUACAUUUAAGCUCGUGCUCAGGUGUGGCAUGGUGACCCUAUAUUUUCUGAUAGAACUUACAGUAUAUUCUAGAGCUUACAGUCUAGAGCUAUGGAGAGAAAAGGGUUGGUCCCAGUCCAUAUGGACAGAAGUGCAUUUGCAUACAUUUGGGAACCUAGAGAUUACAUAUAUGAUAAAAAAGGAAAGGAAUUCCCAGCGUUUUGUCUCUAAUGCCGAAUCUCAACAUAUUGACCUGAAUUCAGCAAAUCUGUUGAGUCAGAUGAUCUCAUCAUUCCUUGCCAAGGAAUUGCUUCAGCACAGGAUAUAAUAUGUGCUAUGCUCCAUACCCAGUAAGGGCGGACAGGUCGUUUUCAGGAAAAAUUACAUCUCAAAUCAGAAAUUUACUUUAGCUUUAAAUCUCGACUACAUGCAGCAUUAUCCUGGAAAGAUCCAGAAAAGGGAUUCCCAUGAAUUCCCAUUCAAUAUCAGAACUACAGUAAAAUAUUAUUAUUCCGGAAUCCGAUAGUCCAAGUUUGUAAGAGGGUCUCUGUCCUCACAAGUCAAGUACAGAUCAUGUCCCCCUGGAUUAUGUAAAGUUAUUUUACAAAAUUUCUUAACAUCUGCCAAUAUUUUAGUGAUAAUUAAUUAAUGAUUGAUGUACAUAGUUUAUUGCUAGUUUGAGAGUUCACUAAGAAAUUUAGUGAAAUAAAUUAAAAUACAUAAUCCAGGAGGAUCCAGAAGGGAUCAUGUUUUACCUAAUUUUCUAUGACAGCCAAUCAUAAUCUGACACCUAUUAGAUUCCAUGAAUGCCAAAAUCUAUUCACCCCUGUGCAGUAUACAGCAAAAAAGUACAUAAAUGAGAUGAAUUAUUUCAAAUUAGGUAAAUAUAUGUUAUAAUUCUUCCUUAUACUAAAUGUAUCUGUUUUUUGUAUGUCUCUGGAAUUGUGUAAAGUUAAUUGAACAUAUCACUAGAAGCAACCAAUCAGCUUGCGGCUUUUAUCUUAAAAGCUUCAGCAGGAAAAUGAAAUCUUAAAUCUGAUUGGCUGCUGUGGGGAACACCCACAUUUCCUGCUUGCGCGAGUCUUUCUGAAUGCAGCCCAUUAUAUGUUAGUUUUAGAGUUUCAUAUAUUUUGGGACCAAACUACAAAACAUCACAUAUUACACAGUAUGGGAACACACUUUGUCCUAUGCAGUAAACUUUAUUUAUUCUUUCCUGUAGACACCCCCUUUAAAUGUGUUAGAACAUUCAGAAUUGAUUUAAUAUAAUGAAGCGGUUGUGUAAGAUUUGACGGUUCCGAUAUUUCAAUGACCCAGUCUACAAUGAUCAUGAGGGAGCUAAUAGUCCUAUAGUAUGUAGACACGCAAUAACAUAAAGAAAUAUCACUACGCUACAUAAGCUUCUCCUCGGCCAGUGCGUCCUUUCCCACCUCCAGGCCUGUACAGGUGUUGACCCCUGACACUCGCAUGGUUUAAGUGACAUCUAAUUAGAUCAGAACACACAAAAGCUGUUCAUCUAGCAAUCUGCUGCUGUUUACUCCUCCACGCUGCUUUGUUCAUUAGCGAUCUCAAUAAAGAAGUGCCUUCUUCAGGGUAUAUUACCAAAAGUGACCCCAAGCUAUAGGUGAACUGUGACUUGUGUGUCUCCAGCCGAAGGAGAUGAGAGGAAAUGGCUGUAAGAGAUGUGUAAAGCUGUAUUCAAUAUCAAGGGCAUCUGUCACUAUGCCUUUAAAUAGGGGACCCUACAAGCCCCUAAGCCAGCGGGUGUAUUUGUACCCACCAAACACUCUCCCCUCCUCCCUUGAGCAAAUCGGUGGGAAUGCAAUUAGCACUCACCAUCUCUUAUUUCCCAUGACUGUUCACAGCAGAAAGUGAAAGGUCCUGUUUAUUGGUACACAGGGCCUAGUGACAGCCUCCACAUGCAACUAGCAUAUAGUCCUUACUAGAGUUGGCCCCAUUAUGGACACUGUAUGGUCAAUUUAGUAGGUGGAUAUGCACCCACCAGGUUUGCUCUAUGAAGCAAUAUUGUAAAAACUCCAAUUUAAUGUGGUCUCUUCUGGUGACAGAGGCCAUCGAAAGGGGUUUCCCAAUGAGAAACUAAUGAGUGGUGAGAGAGGUGCACAUAAGGCAGAUGUGGAAAUGGCUGAGCAUGCACAUUGAGCUGUUCUUCAUCCCCCAUUUGUUGUAUUGGGACAGGAGGGGUGAAAACCCAACCAAUCAGCUUUUUAUGGCUUGCAUCCUUACCUGGAGAUCUUCAUGAAUCUAAAUCUAUUUAUUUUAUGCUUUUAAAGUGAAGCUACGCACUAAAAAUAUCCAAACAGACCGGUAUGGAGUAUGACUUACCUACUUCACCAGUACUAUAGUUGACUAUAUUCCAGCAUGCUCUGCAAACCUCAUCCUUCUUAUGUGGCACCUGUGUGAUCACCUCUCUCUUGUACAGAUACUGAUGCUUCCUCCGGGAGUUCUUGGUCUCUUCUUAGGUUUUCUCCUCCCAAACCACAUUGAUACAGCCUGUGUAAAGCCCCCCCUCCUCCUCCCUUAUUUGCAGGUACUGUAUCUGUAACAAGGGCCUACUGUGAGAGAAGGGAGGAAGAGAGAGCAGAAAGAGCCGAUAGUAACCAGGAGCAGUGUGUUGUUAGAUGUCAGAAGCAGCAGCACAGUCAGCUAUCUACAGGAAUUGCACAGACUCUACAUCAACAAAAUGGUGGGACAUUUUUUAACAAAGACUAUUCAGAAAGUUGCUGCAUUUUGCAAUAAGGAAUACAUUUAACAGUAAAAAAAAAUCAGUGGAUAAUAAGUGGGCAUGGCCUUUAAAUUGUCCUUCAUACAGCAGUAAAUUGCGGUUUUAUACAUAUUACUCAAGCUUGAUUUUCUUUACUGUCUCCUUCUGGGGACAAACUGAGUAGAAGGGUAGACAACAAACACUCAAGUGGGGGUCGCCUCCUCUAGUGUCAGAAGGGUCAUGUGUUGUAGGUACGAAGGUCUUCUGCAACCCUCAAGCCGGUUCCUCAUCUCUUCUUUGUCCAUGCUCAGGUCUACGCUGCCUAUAAGGAGCGUGGAGUCAAUCUAGCUCGGUCCUGAUGAGCCCUCUAGCACCAGAAGGGGCUGUCUCUAUCUUACAUACACCAUUAGAUCACUGACUGUCUCCUAGUUCUUUACUACCUGCUUGCCUCUGAAUCACUUAUAGGGUCAUUCCACUUAUAGUGCCUUACGUUGUAUUUGUAAUUUUUUUUAUUUUAUUAUUAUUUCAUUUUCCAAUGACUCACAGGAGUGAAAAAAAAAUCAGAAACGUGCAGCAAUCCUAUUUAUCGGACAUGUCUAAUUUAUUUAUCGACAAGGUAUAUCAUUGUGAUGCUGAGCUGUGGAGGGCUCUUGAGGAAACUCAGUCUUAUGGAAUAAUGUAUUUCUAUAGGCUUCCUCUCCGUCCUGUGUCAAUAAUAUAGGUGGAUAUGUGUUUGGUUAAUAUAUUCAUGAUAAACUAGCGACCUGGGAUUUUGAAAUGUAUACAUUUAGAUAGUCGACCAGUUGGGAAACCAGGAUGUAAAUGCAUUGUAUGUAUUCUAAAAGUGUACAUAUUGAAAUGUAAAUUAUCAUUCUAUAUUUUCUCUAUAUACUAUAUAGUGGGAUAUAUUUUGUCAAUUGACUAUUCCUAAAAUACUCUCUUUUAUAACCCAUUUUAA